AUGGACUUUAAAUACAUAUGGAUCGACUCACUGUGUAUCAUUCAGGAUUCAUUGUUGGGCUGGAUGCAAGAGGCGAAGGACAUGAAGCGGGUCUACGAGCAUGCAAUAUUCAACCUGUGCUCUGCUACAGCUUCUGACAGUUCAGGAACCAGUUUUGUGGCCCGCUAUGCUCACCUACUCAGGCCUCAACGUGUAAAGGCUCACGGGCAAGUCUUUCAGUUAGUGUGUGAUGGCCUCUUGCAGGACGAUAUCACCUAUUGCACUUUGCGCACCCGGGCAUGGGUCUAUCAAGAAUGGUACCUUUCCAAGCGCUCACUUGUCAUGGGCUCGCAUCAGCUUUGGUGGCAUUGCAGAGAAAAGCUGGCAUGCGAGAUGUGGCCGAUCGGAACACCGCAAGCCAACAGGGGAAGAUGGUGGAGUCAAACUCAGCCCCUCAAGGAGGCAGCACCAUCUGGAGACUCAGACGAUAUGAAUGCUUGGAGCCAGAGUGUCUUAGCAUAUAUGAGAACCAAUCUGACGAGAGAAACUGACCGUCUGGUUGCAUUCUCGGGCGUUGUUCAAUCUUUCGGGCAGACACGCCAGCUGACUGGAGGCUAUCUUGCUGGCCUCUGGCGAUGUCAUCUACCAGCAGCACUCUUGUGGAAGGUCAGCUCUUCAGCACGGAGAUCAGCGACCUAUACGGCAGCGUCUUGGAGCUGGGCGUCUCUUGCUGGAAACUGCCUGGUCAGUACAGACAAGGACUUGCUUCAUGAACCUUGCUUUUUAGCUGUCAAGCAGAUAAUGCCUCUUGGUGUGCCAGGGCCAGACGGGUUCCUGAUGGGCGGAACAGUCACGCUCAGCGGCUAUUUGUUUGAAGUUGUCUAUCGAUCUGUGGGGCUGUUCCUGGGCACAGGAGAUUUUAUGGCUCCUGGAGACCCAACGACAGGUGGUGAACUCUACCUUGACGAGAGGUCAGACGAUGAUCAAUUCAUCUCACAUUUAGAAAAACCAGAUCUCAAAAAUUUCAGUCACUGGCUGGAACAUAAGGUCGUGCGAUUAGCAAUGCCACUCAAGGAUGCAAAGGGUCGUUUCUAUUUUUUACUUUGUCUUGAUAGAGGAGACAAAUAUCGGUUUCGCUUUCGAGGACUGACUUUGUACCAGCCUACUGAUCAGUUAGGUUCUUUCUAUCGUAUCAGAUACAUGAAUUGGGGGAAGCUUCCAGGAGUCGUCGAUACUGAUGAACUCAUGGCAAAUUGUGCCAAGAGAACGGUGAGGAUCUUGUAA